AUGUCUUACAGUAAAGGAACUGCCCGGUCAGAUGCAGUAAACCUUCCAGAGCACCUAAUACCGCAAGGUAUGCUUGCUCACGUUGGAAAAGGCAAACGAUCCAUACCAGAGUAUUCGACAGCAGACUCCUUUCAGAGUCGUGCACCUCAUCCAGGACAAUCUGAUAACUACACCAAACCACAAAACCUAUCUAAUUCGAUGUAUUAUCAAGAGAGAAACGCAAACUCUACACCGCUGUUACAGUAUGAAAACGUUCAUCACCAUCAACCCGUCUUGAACUAUAAUUACGUCCCGAAUCAAGACUCUCGUCCUAAGGAUCAUCGACUGGGAUCAACCUCUUAUCCUGUUGCUACCCAGUUUCCUUCAAAUAUCAGUGGUGGCAUCGAUGCAGCUCCAAAUGAGCGUUAUAUCGCAGGCUACUCACAACGCCCAAAUUUACAGUACGUUGACUCUCACGCUCGAAGCAAUAGGUCCUUCACUGGCCAAAUCACGCAAAAUUUCUCAAACUCAAUGACCGAUAACGUAACGCGGCUGUCAGGAAAAUCCGCUCAUGACGCUAUUUUUGAUAAGGGUAGCGCUCAAAGGGUAGGUCUGGAAACGAGAUCAGAAGUUUUGAUCCCGGAGAACUAUAAAAGUAACUCAUCGUUUAAUGUUGUGCCCGAGCACGGGUAUUUGGGAGCCACAACAUCUCAAGAAAAUAGAAGGGGGGGCUUCCUAUCCAAUGAGACAAACUUUUCACAGCCAGGUCUGUUUGGGAAUUUGUCCUCUCAACUUCACGCUUCUCAAGCCAGAGUAUUUCACACUUCGAAUAGGGCAGCACUGGAUGGUCGAAGAAUCGCCUCGUCUCCUACGGUACCAAAUAACACUCAUCCGUCAAAAAAGAUAGAUUCACGGGCGAUGUCUUUCUCAGCGUCUUCAACUAAGCACAAUAGUGCACCUUCUAACUACUUGCACUCACUGCAAACAAGCUCUCAUGGCAGUCGUCAAGCUAAUUCCAGUGCAAAUUCGUCCCAUACAUUUUCCUUAUCUUCAAAAUCCAGGUCUUUUAGCUCAUUGGGCAAGUUGUCAUCACUUUCAACGAAAAAAUUUUCUUCGUCUGCUUCGCUUCAAAACAAAACUGAUCGCAAUGUAUCAUCAACCACUCUCACAUCCCAAAGGACUAUGGCGUUGUAUCAAUCAAGAAAACCUGCUAUCUACCCAGCAAUUCUUUCCCGUGUUGCUAAAGCCUUUAAGGAUUCAAUUGCUUUGACAAUUAACAUGAAGGAUGGUUUGGAGUAUCACGAUUCCUUCACGGGGGAUAAUGCAGUUGAUGUACUUUGCAGUAUCAUUCGCACAAAUGAUCGUAACCUUGCAUUGCUUUUGGGCCGUUCAUUGGAUGCUCAGAAGUUUUUUCAUGACGUGACGUACAAUCAUCGAUUGAGAGAUUCGAGUCAUGAGGUCUACACAUUUAGCCGAAAUUAUAAUGACGUGGAAUUUUUUGAGGACGAGCCUGCGGGCAGCGGAACUAGCAAUAACAACUCCAAUCGUGGCUCAUUUAACGAGCAUCUGCUAUCUGUUCUGCCACAACCUCCAUCGGCAGCGCCAUAUCCAACUAGUUCUGCUCCUCCAAGCAUUCCUCCAAGUCCUAUUGACGGCAAUGUUGCUGUAUUCAACUCGCAGACGAAGACUGGAGAGCUUCCUGAUUUAUCUGGUGUUAAUGGCGUAUUUACUAUUUUGAGUAACUGCUACUCUCCAACUUGUACUCGUGAUCGUCUUUGCUACUCGAUCGCCUGCCCUCGUCGACUAGAGCAACAAGCUAGACUCAACAUGAAACCCAGAGGGGGACUCAAAAGAGCUGUAUCGAGGCUUUCUUUGCAUGAUACUGAAACCAGUAAGACACUCUGGCACGAAACUGUCGAUCAAGCAAUUUUGGAGAAACUUGACAAGCACGAAAAGAUGAGACAAGAGCUUAUUUAUGAGCUCAUCUAUACUGAAAGAGAUUACGUGAAAGAUCUAGAGUUCAUGACGGAUUUCUAUAUCUUACCUCUUAAAAACCCUGCAAACAACAUCAUUCCAGAACGAGAGAGAGAGGCAUUUAUAAGAACCGUUUUUGGUGGUGUAAGUGAUUUGCUUCGCUUGGCAAGGAGUUUGAGCGAGGCUCUCACCAACCGACAACAGGCGCAAAAGCCUGUCAUCGAAAGUGUGGGUGAUGUGUUUUUACAGUUCGUUGGCAGUUUUGAGCCUUUCAUAAAAUAUUCCGGUAAUAAAGUCUUCGCCAGCUUUGAACACGAGAGGCAACAGCAGGUCAACAUGAAGUACGCAAGAUUCUUGGACGCUAUCGAGAAGAAACCUGAGUCCAGAAAACAAGAUUUGUCGUCCUUUUUGAUUAAAGGUGUACAGCGUCCAGCAAGAUAUCAGCUUUUAUUGGGCGGUAUCCUCAAAAAUACUAAAGAAUCCUCUCCUGAUUAUAAUAAUCUUGUCAAAGCGAAGGAGGAAAUCGAGAAAGUAUUACACAGAGUCAACAUUCAAACAGGUGAGAGCACGGAUCGUCACAAGAUAAUGGUUUUGCAUAGACUCUUGGGUCGACAGACACUUGAAGAUCGAUUCAAUUUCAAACUUAAUUACAAUAAUAGGAUUGUCUAUCAAGUGACUCUCAACAGGAAGAGAGACAACGAGAAGAUCGAUCUUUACCUUUUUGAGCAUGCAUUAUUGCUUGUAAAGCAUAAAAUACAAAAUAAGCGAGAGGUUCACAAAGUCUUUGAAAGACCUAUCUAUCUACCUUUACUUUUCGUCAACAGUGGGUACGAGUCACCUGGAAUCAAAACGAUACUACCAUUCAGGGAGAAUGGGUCCAUAAUCUCAGAUAUCAGUUUGAGAAAUAGAGCUGAGGUUUCCAACUACAAUCCUGUCUCGUCCUCCCAACAAAAAUUUCAAGUGAACUUCUUGGGUCUUGGAAAUAAUCCUGUUCAUGUCUCGUUGUACGCCGAUGAUGUUACUAAUCAGAGUCAGAUAUUACUGCAAGUUCAGCAACAACAAAAAAAGCUUUUGGAGAAGCAUGAUAUUUUCUGUUUGAGUAAAUAUGAGACGCGGAGAUUCACGGGCCACAACAGAAUCAACUGCGCUGUGCCCUGUUACGGAGGUAAAAAGCUAUUAUACGGAACUGAUGCCGGAGUGUGGGUGUCUACUGUGCGCUCCAUAAGUAUGACAUCAAACGAAAAGAUUUGCUCCGAUCCGACUAUGGUGAUCAGCAAGCCAUACAUAACUCGAAUGGAAGUUUUGGUGGAAUAUUCUAAAUUAUUGGUGCUAUCGGAAAAGACGUUAUACGAAUUUGAUCUACCAUGCACCGAUUCCUUGGAUCAUCUCAAGAAUACCCGAAGUGGGAAGGUCAUUUUAAAUUAUGUCUCAUUUUUCAAAACCGGUGUUUGCGACGGCCGCUUGUUAGUAUGCGCUGUGAAAAGUGGCAGUGCAAAAGCCAUCAGUAUAGUUGAACCGACCAAUCCGUUUGACUCAAAGAAUAGAGGAAAAGCUAAAAAGCCAGAGGUUAGAGAGAUUGCCUUUUUAUCGGAGCCGGUCUCGAUAUCUUUUUUGAAGACCAAGCUUUGUAUCGGGUGUACCAAAGGGUUUGAAAUUUUGUCGCUCGAAGCAGGCAGAAAAGAACCAAUUCUCGAUGAAGCCGAUCCUUCUUUAGAUUUCGCCACACAAAGAGAGAGUGUCGCCCCACUUGGCAUACAUCGCUUGGGGAAAAACUUCUUGUUAAGCUACAGCGAGUUUUCCUUCUUAAUCAACCGGAAUGGUUGGCGAACAAAACAUGACUGGGGAAUAUUUUGGGAGGGGUCGCCUCAAAAUAUUGCUCUAUUUUACCCUUACCUUUUGGCGUUCGAUCCGGGCUUUAUAGAGAUAAGAGAUCUCGAAAGUACAACACUUAUAAGGGCCUUGAUUGGAGAAAACAUUAGAUUUUUGCAUUCUAAUGAGCACGAGGCAUUGUAUGCUUGCGAGGAGAAUGGAUACGAUAUCAUUGUCUCGAUUGAUUUCCUCAACUUAAAACCAAAGCAAGUAAAUUAA